AUGGGGGAAGGGAAGGAAGUAGUUUCUCUUGAAAAUCUGAGUAAGAAAAUGGAUGAUUUUGCAAAGGCUCGAGAUUGGGAGAAGUAUCACAGCCCAAGGAAUCUACUUUUAGCAAUGGAGCAAGUUGAGGAGACUUACAUUAUGGUCAAACCAGACGGCAUUCAACGAGGCCUUGUGAGAUCAAGCUCCAAAGCUUUGACUAAGUUGUCCAAGAAUAAGAGAGUAUCAUCAUCAGCUAUCACAAACCAUCUUGUGUCUUUGUUGGCAAUGUUGAACGACUCAUGGAGUGAUUGA